AUGCGGAUUUGUCCACCAAUAGAUAAGUUUGACGAGUUUAAUGAGGGAAAGAUGCAAAGCUUCUUUGAAUCUCAACAGGCGAUUAAAUCCCUCUGUACAUACCUUCAGGAGCUCAUCACCAACAUGGAGAAUAUGACUGAGAUUCAGCUGCGAGACAGUUUUCUCAAGUUACUUCAGGUCUCUCUGUGGGGAAACAAGUGUGAUCUGUCCAUCUCUGCCGGUCAGGACAACUCACAAAAGUCCAGUCCCAUCGAUUCUCUUCCUGAUCUCCAGCGCUGCAUCCUAGUGGAUGACUCCAACAUGGUUUGGUCAAUGCUGGUUGCUGCUCAAGGAUCGAGAUCCUCAGGGAUAAAGAAUGCCAGAGUGGACAUUGUUUUAGACAACGCUGGUUUUGAGCUUGUAACCGAUCUAGUCCUUGCUAGCUUUCUUGUUUCUGCCGGACUAGCCAAGCAAAUCCGAUUUCAUGGCAAGUCCAUCCCGUGGUUCGUCUCAGACGUCACCAAACAAGACUUUGAGUGGACCAUCAUGCAGACCGUGGCAUCCAACCACAAGUGGAUGUCAGCCAGCGGCGUCCAAUGGAAGCAUUUCAUGAAGGAGGGUACCUGGUCCUACCAUGACCACUCUUUUUGGACCUUGCCCCAUGAGUUCUGUGACAUGGCGGUGGAUGCAGCUGAUCUCUACAGCACGCUCCAGGGCUCUGAUCUGAUUAUCUUCAAAGGCGACCUUAACUACAGGAAGCUUACUGGAGAUAGGAAAUGGGAGCACACGGUUCGGUUUGAUCAAGCGUUGAGGGGGUUCCAACCUGCCCCUCUCUGCAGUCUCAGGACACUGAAGGCUGAUGUUCAGGUGGGCUUACAGCUAGGCCAGGCUGAGAAGCUCAGCUCUCAGGAUCCAGACUGGAUGACUAAUGGCAAAUAUGCUGUGGUUCAGUUUUGCAGUCCACACAGAGAACAGUAGGGUUGUUUUUAAAGAAAAGAGAGAAAUUACUAGGAAGCAAGAGAUGAAGGACUAAAAUGCACUAAGGAUGCUGGUUCAGUUACCAACAUGCCAAACAAAUGUGUUGUUGUUUUAUCUUUGCUUGUAUUUGUAUGCAACAGUUGUUUUGUUUGGAAGCAAAUCACGUAAUGAAUCCUACCGAUUCUGCAUAUCAAACACUGAAAUAAAUCUUAACCUAAUUAAUGUCCUUAGAAUAGAAUAAUGGCAUUUUGAAACCUGACAAUCUUUUGAUCAUAGUUUACACAAUCUAUGAUUUUUUUGUUUGUACUGUUGAUCUGUAUUUCGUACAAGUAUGGUUGCUUAAAAAUACAGAUGUAAACAUGCC